AUGAAUGUGAAAGUUCUGUCCAUGAAGGAUUUGGACAGUGGCUGUCAAAUUGAGUAUCGGUUGGACUUUGACAACUUGCCCUUUCUUCAUCAACAAGCAAUCCCUCUUGAAGAUUAUAAAUUUCCUGAUAUUCCUUCAAGAUUUUUCUUUGAGGUUUUUCCAAUGUCUUUAUUUUUUGAUAAAGACUUGAAAAUUAAACAGGUUGGCAACAACCUUCAGUUCUUGUUUGGAAACCAUCCCCUAAGGGGUGAAGAUAUGAAUAAAAUUUUCACUUUACGGAGACCACUUUCAACCAAAUUUACUUAUGAUGAUAUCCUUUAUCAUAACCAUGUGGUAUUUGAAUUACAAUGUUGUGUUGUACCCAAAGAGUCAAAAGAAAAUUCAGAUCCAGUUCAGAUGAUUCUACGAGGACAAAUGAUAAAAAUUCCUACAAAUGAAAUGAUUGCAUUCCUCUGUGUACCUCUAAUUGAGAACUUGGAAGAUUUACAGAUGAAAGGAUUAUAUUUAAAUGAUUUAAGUAUGACUGACAACAGCCGAGAUAUGAUUCUAGUUGGGCACCAGCAUGCAUCAAACAUUGAACUCACUCUUGAUAAGACAAUCCAGAAAAUUCAAGAAACACAUUUAGUCAAAAAGAAAGCUAAAGAAUACCAACAGGCUAGCAGAGAUUUGCUUUAUUCUAUAAUUCCAAAGAAUAUUGGUAUCCAGCUUGAAGAAGGAAAAAAUCCUGAAGAGACAUGGCAGACAAUUGAUGAAGUAACACUUAUGUUCUGCUCAAUAACUGGAUACAGUCGAUUUGUUGAUAUCUCCAAAACAAAGAAUGCCAGAGAUUUGAUGAGGAAUAUCUGUGAAAUCUUCCAAUGGCUUAAUAAAAUUAUUAGCCAUCACAAUGUCUUUAAGGUGGAAACCAAAGAAAAUGAUGGUUUAUUGCUUUUGGCUGGUGGACUAGAUGGUAAACCCAAUCAUGCUAAAGAUGUUGCUCGUUGUGCACUUGACUUAAUCCAUUCAUGUAGAGAACACAGCCUGGAAAAUCUCAGUAAAGAAAUUAGUUUGGAAAUUGGAAUGGACUAUGGCAGUGUGGUAUCUGGUGUGGUGGGUUUAAAGAAUUAUCAAUAUUGCUUAUUUGGAGACACUGUGAAUACUGCUUCAAGAAUGGACCACAGUAGUUUGACUGGACGCAUCCAGCUAACACAACAAUGCCAGAAACAACUUUUCUUUUCUUCUUCAUUUUCUUCUCCUUGUCCCUUUGCUAUUUUCUCUCGUUCAGCUAACAACUUCUCUCUUUCUUCUUUCUCCUUCUUUUCCUUCAGUUCUUCAGAAAGGUCUUUUGGUCUUCCUAGGAUCAAAUCUUUCCCAAUUAUUCGCCUGACUCCAAUUUCCAACAAAGCUUCUUCUUCUUCAGCUGUCAGCCCAAUUCUUUCUUCACUCUUCUUCUUCUUGUGUGCAUUCAAAGCUAUCUCUUGUUCCAUGUGA